CUCCAGUCUGCCUCUGCCGUCGCAGGCACCUCGUCGUCCCUACAUAAAGCCGCUGCUCCGCUGUCUUUCGCCAUGCGUCUGCCCCAGAUCCUCCUCGCGCUCCCGCUCCUGCCGUUCGCCGCACCGCCGCCCUCUGCCACCGACAUGAAGCUGCCCUCGCUCGCUCGCAGUGCCGUUGCGGCCGCCCUGCCGUACCUCACCGAGCGCGCCUGCCUGUCCUGCUCGUCGCCGUGCAGCCAGGAUGCGUGCCAGACCAACACGCCCGGCGGCCUGCUGCUGCUCACUACCUUCUGGGACUACUCGCCGGCCACGGGCCCCGACGACUCCUUCACAAUGCAUGGCCUCUGGCCCGACACCUGCAGCGGCGGCUACGACAGCGACUGCGACUCGUCUCGCAACGUGGCCGACAUUGCCGGUGCACUGCAGAGCGCCGGCGCCACCGACACGCUCGAUUUCAUGAACCAGUACUGGCUCGACGUCAACGGCGACAACAACCAAUUCUGGUCGCACGAGUGGAACAAGCACGGCACGUGUGUCUCGACGCUGGCGCCGAAGUGCUACGGCUCCAGCUACAGCACCAAUGAGGACCUCGCGGACUACUUCACCACCGCCGUCGACCUCUUCAAGGGCCUCAAUCUGUACAAGGCCUUCACUGCCAAGGGCAUCUACCCAUCGUCGAGCAAGACCUACACCAAGUCACAGCUGCAGUCUGCCGCAAAGGCAGCCUUUGGCUACACGCCCGCCUUCCGCUGCCGCUCAGGCAAGCUCACCGAAGCCUGGCACUUCCAUGAAACGACUGGGCGCAGCACCUCUGCCGAUGCCUUCACGCGCGUGGCGCCGAUCUCGGGCACUGACAAUUGUCCUUCGUCGGGCAUCUCGUGGGUGCCCAAGUCGUAG